GGCGCCGUGAGGGCGGCGAUGGCGGCGGGGGAGCUGCCGGCGGCCGGGCCCGCAGAGCCCAACCCCUUCUCGUUCCGCGAGUUCAUCCGCAGCAAGGCUCGGGGCGCCGGGGGGGCUCCCGCGGCCGCCGCCGCGCAGGUAGGCCCCGGCCCUGAGGCUCGGCCGCGCCGCGGAGCCCCUCCCGCGCCCAGCUCAGCCGCGCUGCUCUGCGCUCCCCUCCACAGGCGCCGCGGCCCGGCCCGAGCCUCGGCCCCCUCCUGUUCCCGGAGCCAGCGCCGCCCGCAGAGCCGGACGACGACGACGAGGAGGAGGAAUGGAGCGAGAGCUACCAGCCCUCGGCCGUGGAGCAGGCUCACCUCGCCGCAGCGGCGCCCGCCUCGCCCUCCGCCGGGCCCUGUUCGUGCGAGGCGCGGCCAGGCGGCCGGGACCCGAGCGUGGCCGCCCGCGGGGUCCCCUCGGGAACGGCCUUUCCCUCCCUGCGGCAGCCCAGCUACGAGGAGGAUGAGGAAGCUUGAAAAAAAGCUUGAGGAAAACAAAAUUAAAGAAGAAAAAGAAGCACAGGAUUUGGAAGCCAUGGUGCAGCACGUGGAGCAGAAUCUGCAGCUGAUGACUAAGCGGGCUGUGAAGGCAGAGAACAGCGCUACCAAACUGAAACAGGAGAAUGCACUGCUCCAGGUGCAGCUGAAGAAUUGCCAGAUGGAGAAUGAAGCCCUGAGGUCAGGCCAGUCAGCCAGUCUGGCCGUGGUGAGGCAGAACGCAGACCUGGCGCUGCAGAACCUGCUCACGGUGAUCGCCAGCUCCCGCUCCUCAGUCAAGCAGCUCAUCUCUGGGGCAGAAUCGCUGCAGCUCGUCGCUGACCUCCUGAGAUCCAUCGACAGAAUUUCAGAGGUGCCAGGAGACAGCGAGUGACUCACAGGAGAACUUUGCUUUCAUGCUGAAACCAUUCCUCAACCAUUCACUUCUGAUGCUCGACCUUGUCAGGGGUGGGAAGCCACUGCCCAGCUGCCUUUUCCAUCUCCCCCCUGGGGCAGCCAAGCCCUUGGUUGCCAACCCCUCACCAGGCAACUGCGUGUCCCCUUUCCCGGGGCUCUGGGACCACAGCCCCACCUUUGUGCCGGACUCGCACUUGGCUGCCUCUCCCCACCAGGACGUUGGUUGCGGCUGGGGGUUUGGCGGCGCUGGCGGCGGCGGGGGCGCUCGGUGUGACGGGCCGUGCGGGGCCAUUAAAGGCGGCGCAGGGCAGA